AUGUACCCGUACGCUGGUAUAGGGCCACACCAUCCUAUGAAGAGGCUACACGAGUACCAUUCCCUCACCCAGUCUCCCAAGUCGGCCUCCACGCUGGCGGGGUCUCAGCGCCAGGGAUUCUGGCACUGCCAGCUCGACGCGGAGCUCAGCGAUGAGUACGACGAGCCGUCGUCGCCGGCGAGAUGCGGCGCGCGGAAGGGGAAGGGAUGGUUCCGUCUGUGGGAGAAUGGCACCACGCUGGGCGACCCCGACGAGGCGCCGUGCUACGCUGACCAGCUCCGCGUGGUGUACGACCGCCGCCGCGGCGACUACGGCAACGUCGCCGGCGUCCGGACGCGCGUCGUCUCGUUCGGGACCACCCGCGGCUUCGGCCCCUAUGGCAACGACGGCGACGGCGAUCCUUCGGACCCGGAAAGGGGAAGUUGUUUGAAGAAGAUGACUGAGGCACUGAAAGGAAUCGGAUACAACGAAGAGGAGAAUCUCUUCGGCGCCCCGUACGACUCUCGGUACGUGUCGGCACCACCUGGCAUGCACGCCAUGGCGUUCUCCUCGUUCAUGGCCGACCUGAGGCGCCUCGCCGAGCACGCGAGUGGGAAGAAUGGCGGCAGGGCGGUCAUCCUAGUGACGCACAGCAUGGGUGGCUUGAUGGCCGUGGAGUUCCUCACGCGAAGCCCGGUGCCCUGGCGCAAAAGGUACGUCAAGCACCUGCCGCUGGUGGUGACGCGGCGCGGGAACUACUCCGCCCGCGACAUGCCCGAGCUUCUUGCGGCGGUCGGGUUCUCCGGCUCGGAGAUCCACCUGUACCGGACGAGGGCGCUGCCGGUGACGCUGGGCUUCCGAGCGCCGCGUGUGCCGGUGACUGCCGUGUACGGCGCCGGCGUGCCGACGCCGGAGCAGCUGGUGUACUGGGACGGCGACUUCAGCAAGGACCCGGAGGUGAUGUACGGCGACGGAGACGGUGCUGUCAACCUGCAAAGUGUGCUGGCACUGACCCCCGUGGUCGGAGAAGAUCCGGAGCAAGGUUUCUUCAAGGCCGUCAAGAUCGCCAAUGCGACGCACGGAGCAAUUAUUCGAGAUGAGUUCGCCCUAAAUGGUGUGAUUACCGAGUAUUUUUUCCAUUUUUAUUGAAAAUGUACCACAGUUUUCUACGUAAAAUUUGAUAAGAAAACAGUGGACGCUGCCAGCUCUCAGUAUAUGAUAGUGAUGCCUACACCAUGUGACAGCGUCAUUUUCCAUUGUCUGCUAUUGCUCUUGUGUAAAAGUAUCGUUAUAGCUACAAGUACCAGUAUCAAUUGUUAACAACUCUUUUAGUUAGUAGAUGA